AAUUAGUGCUUAUUAAAAGAACUCAAUUCAAUCCAAUCUGAAUGGGGAAAUUUUGCGUUUACGAGUUGCAGCCAUUAAACUGGCGUUGCCGUUAAUUCCACACCCACAGACCAGAGUCGCUACUUUCGGUGUUCCUUUCUAUCGGAUAUUUCAGUUACCUCCGGACGUCGAAGCUCAGACGUCGUGUUAUUUAUAUAUUAAAUCGAGGUUCUGCUGUGGAUCAUUACCCCCCAGAACAAACAUGCAUCAAUCAUAUGCCACCAUCGCCGCUGAUCAUCGGCCGAGGCGCUCACAAUGUUCUUUUCAAGCCAGAAGAACAGUGUAUCACUCCCCGACCGCCAAUGAUAUUCUCCGAUCGAAGGUUUCACGAAUUUCUUCUCGGCAUGAACAGCUCAAAACCGCCUACAGUCAGCUAAAAUCUCAGAUCAUUACCGGUUUGCUCGAAGCGGAGGAAGUGUUUGCCUCUUUGGCGAUUCCGCUGGUGAAGCUCGUCGGAUUGAAGACUGUUGAGAUGUCAGAGGAAGGAAGAUUCUCUUCCAUAAUAAUCAACAAUCGUGACAGCUCUCAUCCAAUUUACAGGGAUUUCCAAUGGAACGGAGAUGAAUGUGAGGAAGGAUCUGGGAGCUCAGGGUUGGCAAUUAUGAGACCAAACAGUCACCAAAGGACUAGUGAAUUUGAGGAUCUAAAUUUCACAUCCAGAGCCACUAAAGUGUGCAAGGAGUUAAUGCAUAAACAAAAGCUGCAGCUAAUGCAAUUAGUGCAACUUCUUAAACAAAUUGAGAUCCAAGUUAAUUCCAGCAAAAACGACAUCCUGCAGACCCUUGCUGAUAAUCGGCAAUCUCUUAAGAGAUUAUAUCAGAAAGUUGUGACUUACAUUUAUGAGAAUCACAUAUCACAUGAGAGUAAUGGCAUGUCACCUGACACAGUAAAGCUUCUCAAAUUCACAUUUGAGCAUUUUGGUUCUGCCCUUGGCUCAGUGGAGAUCGGAGUAGAAACUUUGAUCAGUAAUCUAGCUUCUAAGAUGUGCCAUCCAAUGGUUAAUUAUGUCAACUGCCAAAAGUCUGAAUUAGUUGCUGGGACAUGCCAAAGUUUGCUGGCCAUGUUGGAAGAGAUAGAAACAGCGAUACGGAUCCGGAGCCAAGAGUUGGAGGUUGCAAAAAAGAAGGUGAAGGCAGUUGAAGAGAGUAGACUCAUUGCUCUCACAAAGCUGAAGCAAUCAGAAGCAAAGUUAAAAGAAAUGACUGAGCGACAGACUUUCAUCAGAGAAAGCCGCACCCAUUCAAAGGGACUUCCUGCCCCUGAGAAGGUAUGGUUUAGUUCUGCUUUGCAUCUCAGUGAAUGCAAAGUUUCAAUAAUAUAUUUAUUGCAUAUAGUGACCCUGUUCUGUCAUUCUUACUAAAAGAAUGUGCACUGAAAAUUCUCAUUGACUAUUAAGAUUUUAUGGUUCAAAAUUUCUAGUGCUCUGAAAGAUUCCAGUGAAGUACAUCCUUCUCAGGCACUGAUACAUUUUUUCAAAAACAUAUUAGCGAAAGUGAAGUUAUUAUGUGUACCAUCAGAUGUCAAAUUAUGCUUGAUAUAGUUUGGUGGCAUAUUUUCAAACUUAUCUUCAUAUCUGUAACUAUGACUUGCUUGUUUUGUUACCAUUUCUUCAUUUUAGAUUUGAGCAUCUUUAUUUAGAGUAGAGGACUCAACACUCUCAAUUUUAUUAAAUUCACCAGUUUCAUUCCUCUUUAAUUGGCACCAUUCCUUCUUUUCCUUUCUUCCCUAGGAUAGAAAACAUCUGCUUUCUUGAUUGCAAUCAAGUCUUUAUUCUAAGCCAUGGCUACUAUUGAUAUAUAUAUAUAUUUUUUUGGUAAAUAAUUUUUUGUGCAUACAGUGUAUAACUGUUGCAGCCUACAAUUACUCUGACUCAAAGAUAUUAUUCUCUGUGAAGCUUUCACUCGAGGAAGCAGAUUCAACCAUGGAUGAGACUUUAUUGUGGGAGCUACUGAGAAACAAAAGGAAGCUGCAGGGACCGAAUAGUCCAUUUGGAGUGAUAGAUCUUGUAGGGGCGGGAACCAAUUCAAAAAACCUUAGGUCCUCAAGGAUUAUGCCUCCAAGAAAGUACCAGCCAACUUCAGGAAACAACUCUGCGGCACUUAGUCCAACAACUCCAAGAAUGGAGUUCCGGAUACCAUUAGGUUCUUCUCCUUCAGCUGUAAUUUCUCAAGUUGUGCCUCGCAAGCGUAGCAGACGAUAAACCAUGCCUUGGAUCAAAAGGUAAUCUCCAUCUGUGAAUAUAGAUUGCUUGGUGGAUGCAGCAUGUACCUCUGCUCAUUUACAACAACGAUUAAUUUUGCUUGAAAUCGAAUCAAGCUCUAAAGGCUGUCGCCUUCAUGUAUUUUGAGGCAACUGGACGAAUACUAUAUUGAUUCAAAUUUGGUCCCUCAAUUUUUCGCAUGUUUCCUUUUUCUUUUUCUUCUUAUUUUUUUUUAAUCUUUGUUCAAUUCUCUUU